GUUUUUAUUCUCUAAUUGCAUUGUUCUCUGAUUAGUCAAAUUGUUAAAAAUGUACAGCAAACUUCGUGUAGUGUUUUUCCUGAUAACAAUAAUUGCGGUCAUAAAUGCCUCAAUUGGUCCCACCGCCAAUCAAAUUAAAGCAAAAAUAAAUGCCCAACAUUUGAUAAACAAUCUUCAUCGCCAGAUUAAAGCCAAGGAAGAAGAAAUGCAAAAUGCGGAGACUAUAAAUCGCAAUUUUGAACGCAUGAUCCAACUUGUGAAUAUUUUAGGACAAGUUGACAAUUUUUUAACAGAACGGACAAAAACUGCAAUUAAAAAAUUGGCCUUGUUGGUGGAGGAUGAGGAAAAAUCGAGGAGCAGUGAGGAGGAUUGAGGAUUUUAUUUUCUAUUUAUUUAUAAUAAAAAAAAAUGAAAGUUAGUUAAUUAAGUGAAAAUGAAACAACAAUAGAUGCGUUUUUUU